GUUGUGGCUAUGGAGGCCGCUGGUUCCAGUGUGGUGAAGCGAGUGGAAGAGCUCGGGGACCUGGCUCAGGCCCACAUACAGCAACUUAGCGAAGCCGCGGGUGAAGACGAUCACUUUUUAAUUAGGGCCUCUGCAGCUCUAGAAAAAUUGAAACUCCUGUGUGGAGAAGAGAAAGAAUGUUCAAAUCCAUCAAAUCUUCUAGAACUUUACACACAGGCUAUUUUGGACAUGACAUAUUUUGAGGAGAACAAGCUAGUAGAUGAAGAUUUUCCUGAAGACUCUUCACAGAAAGUAAAAGAGCUGAUCAGUUUUCUUUCAGAACCAGAAAUUUUAUUUAAAGAAAAUAAUAUGCAUCCAAAACACUGCAAUUUGCUUGGGGAUGAGCUACUGGAAUGUCUCUCUUGGAGACGAGGAGCUUUACUAUAUAUGUAUUGUCAUUCUCUGACCAAAAGAAGAGACUGGCUCUUAAGAAACUCUAGUUUGCUUAAAAAGUACCUUGUUGAUGGAAUCCAUUACUUGCUACAGAUGCUAAAUUAUCGGUGUCCUAUCCAGUUAAAUGAAGGAGUUUCUUUCCAAGACCUAGACACAGCUAAAUUACUGAGUGCAGGAAUAUUUAGUGACAUUCAUUUGCUGGCUAUGAUGUACAGUGGAGAAAUGUGUUAUUGGGGAUUGAAGCAUUGUGCAGAUCAGCAGCCAGAAAAUCAUGAAGUGGAUAUGGUUGUUUCUGAAGCAAGCUGUACUACACACAAAGAACCCUUGGAUUUUCGAGAAGUAGGAGAAAAAAUUUUGAAAAAGUAUGUAUUUGUGUGUGAAGGACCCCUGAAAGAACAAGAAUGGAAUACAAACAAUGCAAAACAAAUUUUGAACUUCUUUCAGCAUCACUAUAACUAGUAAGUUCAUUUAGUCCUUUUCAAACAAAAAAACAAACGAAAAGACCCAUGAAACAGAAAAGAAUGUUUCAGAAAAGAAGGCAUAUUGACACUGAAUUUGGAAUUUUACACUACAUAAAGACAUCUAGCGUGGUUACCCUUCUUUAGACGCUAUCAUCAUUUUUACUUAUAUAUUCUUAAAUCUACAAAGGACUGAGAUUUUUAAUUUCUAAAAUGGCAUGUAUGUUACACUAAGUCAGCUUGAACUACAGGUAUCCUGUCACUAAUAAUAAGGAGGAACCCAAUUUAGCUUUACAAAUAUUUUUUCUAUUACUUUAGAUUAUUAUUUUUUUAUUGUGGUAAUAUAUAUGUAACAUAAA